UCAGAUGCACACAUACAUAUGCAUUUAUAUCAGCAAUGAAUCCUAAAGUUAUCCUUCCUGGGGUAUUCUUGGCAGUACUUUUCCUAAUGAGCAGUGUAAGUGUUCGAAAUCUUAUUUUCAAAAUGAACUUAAUAAUUUUUUUUCAGGAAGCACCGUAUGUUAAACUGACAAAUGUUGUUUGUGAAUCAAAAAACAAAUCCUGGGCCGUUUUCCAUUAUUGCCGACUAAAGGCGUACUCGCGAAACAAGACCAGCUUGAAUAUAAAUGCAACAUUUCUGCAUCCAGCUAACAAUGUAACCCUCAAAUUAAAGAUGGUGAAAAAAUUAAGUGGCUAUAAGCCAUUUCUGUUUGACGUCACCAUCGACGCCUGCCUAUUUAUGCGAAAACGACAUAAUCCCGUCAUCAAAAUGUUUUACAGCUUUAUAAAGGAUUAUUCUACAAUAAAUCACACAUGUCCUUAUGAGGGCUUGCAGAUGGUUAGCGAUUAUCACACCGCUGUAUUUCCAGUACCUUUGCCCACAGGAGACUAUGGAGUGCUACUGGAUUUCAUAUUCGAUGGUAAGAAGCAGUUCCACGUAAAUGUUUACUUCACCUUUGUGGAGGAUUUUUGA